AUGUCAGCAGUCCAAUCUUCGAGCCCAUUGGUUUUAUCAAGUUACGAUCCCAAUGGUAAUUACUUAUGCUAUGUCACUACAGCUUUAGACAAACAACGUGUAUCUGUCGAACCAACUCAAAAGGGCCAAAAUGAUGCGUUAUUAAACGAAAAGUUUUUAUAUCUACAUUCUUCCGAGCUAAGAGUAACUUCUCUAAAAUGGUCAUACUUAAACUCAAAUGAAACUUUAUGUGUUUUUAUUGGUUUAAAUAAUGGGGAAAUAUGGCUCUACUCACCUUUAGCCAACGAAAUAAUUUUGAAAUUGUCAACAGAAAAUGGGUAUGAUGUCAAUGAUUUUGUAGUUGCUAACGACUCCUUAUUUUGCGUUGACUCAAAUGAUUUCAUCUAUGAAUUUGAUUUAGUUAAUUUCACACUAAGAAAUCAUUUCAAGAUUGAACAAUGUUCUAAUUUAAAGAGAAUUGAAUAUGUCGGAGAAAAUAGAAUUCUCGUUGCAUCUCAUCAAAUUUUCUUGGUCGAUAAUGUUAAGAAAGAAAUUGUUCUAACUUUACCUGGUCAUAUCUCUCCUGUUUGUACAUUAAAAAAACUAAACAACGAGUAUUUGUUAUCUGGGGCUGAAAAUGAUAGAUUUUUGAACAUAUAUAAUAUUUCAGAUGGUAGUAUAAAGAGCGUUUUAGUUGCCAAAUCUAACAUUAAUAAAAUAUCUACUUUCGGAACAACAGAAAUUGCAGUUACUACAGAAGAUGGUAAUUUUGAAGUGUUUGAAGAGCCUUUAGUUUCUAAUAAAUCCAAGAGAAGAAAUGUAAAAUCUAGACAAUGCACCAAAAUAGGUAGUGUUGUGAAUAAAAAUGACAAUGCAAUUCCAUGCAUUGAUGUAUAUGCUGGGAAGGAUAUCAUCAACGUUACAUAUCUAACGAAUGCGACAGUAUGUCAUUUUGUUCAGGUACGUUGGGAUAGUCUUUCCAUUAACCACAAAAUUAAAGUAGAUAUCACAGAUAAUGUAAAAAAUCUAUCACAGGAUCGUACGUUGCACGGAAAGGAUUUAGCUGCAACAACAACUUAUAAGGAAGGUAACGCCAGAGUAACAUCUGGUGACAACUUCAAACACAUUGAGAAUAUUAUUAAAGAAUUGGAACAGCAACUCGAUGAGGAUAGAUCUAAUGAAACUGAAGGAGACGACAAAGUCGAAUCUUUAGCUGAUAAAUUACCUGCGCUGCAAAGUACCAAGAAGAGAAAUCCUGUUACGGGUACUGUAGCAGUCAUUUUGUCUCAAGCAUUACAAUCAAAUGACCAUUCUCUUUUAGAAACAGUCUUAAAUAAUCGUGAUGAAAGAAUAAUUAGAGAUACUAUAAUGAGACUAAAGCCUGUACUAUCAGUUAUAUUACUUGAAAGAUUGGCCGAAAGGAUUGCAAGACAAACACAUAGACAAGGUUCAUUGAACGUCUGGGUGAAAUGGUGUAUAGUUAUUCACGGUGGUUAUUUGAUAAAUGUACCAAAUCUAAUCAAAACAUUGGCAUCUUUGCAUUCCACUUUGAAAAAUAGAGCCAAUUUAUUAGACAGAUUACUAUCAUUAGAAUCUAGACUGGACUGUACGUUAAAUAAAUUUGAUGUUCAAUCAGUUGAUGCAGAUGAAUAUUUAAAUGAAGAAGUUGUAGAUAGUGAAAAUGAUGUAACAUAUAUGGAAGAACUUGAUGAUGCUCAUCUGAUCGAAUCUGGUGAAGAAUACGAUUCGAGUGAAGAUGAGGAAGGUACCUCCGAUAUCGAAGAGGACGCAUUAAAGCAAGGUACGUUAACCCAACCAGUUGAUAGCAAUAACCCAAAAGAAAUUAUAGAUGAAGAAGAUGAAGGUUACAGUGAUGUAGAAAUGGCUUGA